ACGAUUCGCAGCCCACCUCUUGCUCGCUCGAACAGAGACACACACGAACAGAGACACACACGAGCCCCUCUCCCUCGCGUUCUCCCUCUGGAAACCCUCAGCGCCGCCGCCACGCCCGGCCCCCUCGGUCGCCGGCCGGAUUCUCUCCAACUACUCCAGAUCCGGCCGGAUUCUCUCCAACUACUCCAGAUCCGGCCGUCCCAGCUAGUUCCCCGCCGAUUCCCGUCCUCACAGCCGCGAGUACCGCCGUCAGCGAGGAGCAGCGCCGGUGGGGGAAGGAGGAGCGAGCUCAGUGAGGAGCAGCGCCGGCGAGCAAGGAGGAGCAUCCCGACGACCAAUCCCCAUCGCCCAAAGCGCAAUGUGUGAUGAACAUGUCGGAGAUACUGCUCAGCCACCGUCAGCACAAGCAGUACAAGAACUAGUUGAUUCAUUCUCAGAUCAACAGCUUGAUGCUACAGAAAUACAAAAGUCGAUGCAUGGUGGGAUCCAAAAACAAGCAAAGAACGACACAGUCUUUACUCCCAAGCAAGCUGGGUUAGGCAGAUCAUACAGGGAGAUGUUGACGGACGAGGAAGAAGAUGUGGUUUCAUACCGUCCUUUCUGGGAAUACACUUGGGGCGACAAGUGUGGUUCCUUCGAAGACUACACCUUUUUGACUCCCACACUUUAUACAUAUGGAACCAUCCCAGCACAUGCUGGCCCCUUCGGUUUCUUGCAGAUCUUCUCCAUCAAAGUCAUGGAGAAUGAAAUGUGGAGAAUCAGGUGGCCAGUGGAGGUAUAUGGCUUCAUUGCUGCUCGAGACAAUUUGGAUCGCAAUCGCAACCUUCUGUUCAGCCAGACAAGGGAUGAGCCCCAAAUUCUCACUCAACAGGAUUCAUUUUUGCAGUUGACUGGCCCGCGUCGCCCAAUUGCGUUGAUCGACCCUGUUGUCUUUGAGAUUCAACUAAAAGUGAAGGGCACAACUGAGUGUGAGGAUGAAACAUUGAUGGCUCGAUCGUUUGAAUAUGGACAUGGUUUUGGAGAAUAUGGUGAGCUUGCCUGUCGUUGUUGGGCCGGUAAUUUUUGCACACUAGAGAUCACCUCUGCGCUACUUUCCAGAACGGUUGCAGUCACUAUCAUCUCCGCUGAUGUUAUUAAAGGGUCAUGGCCUGGUGAUUAUAGAGGCCGUGUGGUUGCCCAUACUGCUGACAUAGAUGAGGAUUUUGUGCUGCUUGAUUCUGGAGAAGGACGUCUGCAAGUGAAUCCAGACGGCCGUAUUGUCCUUCAAAGGGGUGUUGUUUGUGUGGAACAUGAGGGAAUGCUUACGGUUUCUGUGGAAGCCUACUCAAAGGCGGGUACUUGUCGUGCAGAUUGCGUUGAAUUCAAGCCCAGAAAAUCCCUCACAAGUGAUGGUACUUGCAACCUUGGUUUCUGCACUGUGCAGUUUAUCGUUGGUUGGUCCCCCAUGGCAAGAAAGCAUGAUCUGAUGUAUGAUGGCAACUGAGUUCAACUGCAUCAGUUUGGUGUUCCCAUCCCAGUAGUAUGAUGUAGAUGUCCAGCUAAUUAACAAGUUAUGAUUGAUCAAGUGUCCAAACUGUUUAGAAAUCAUGUUAUGUCUGGUGGCCAGACUAUUUAAAGGUCAUGUCAUGUCCAGCUAAUUAGCAAGUUAUGUGUAGAAAUCAUGUCAUGUCUAGUGUCCAAGUGGCACACUAUGGUUCAGAUUUUGGCAAACUGCUCAUUGAACAUAUAAACCUCGCUAGGCUACCCGCCUAGCGAGGGCGACCUGCGAGCGCCGGCGAUUCAGGAUCGAGCGAUCCUUUUACUGUGCUGCUUUUUACCCU